AUGGAGAUUCACUUCCACCAGAAACACAACCAAAUGACACAUGAAUCACCAGCAAAAUCUCUCUCUCCUCAUUCAUCUCAUGCCAGUUUCCCUAUCAUAGCUGUUGCCAUUAUCGGAAUCUUUGCCACCAUCUUUCUCUUAGUCUUUUACUACAUUUUCGUCAUUAAAUGCUGCCUCAACUGGCACAGAAUUGAUAUCCUCCGCCGCUUCUCUCUUUCCCGGAAUAGAAACCACCACCAACCCCUCGUCCCCCACCACCUCCCUUCUCCGGAACCCAGAGGUCUCCAUGAAUCGGUCAUCCGCUCCAUCCCCAUCUUCCAGUUUCAGAAACAAAAAGAUUCCGAUAACAGCAUCGGAGAAUGCGCCGUUUGUCUUGCUGAGUUUCAGCACGACGAGAAGCUGCGGAUGAUACCCAACUGUGCACAUGUAUUUCAUAUAGACUGUAUCGAUGUUUGGUUACAAAACAAUCCAAACUGCCCGCUUUGCAGGAACAGUAUUUCCAUUUCCAUACCUCCACAUUUUCCGGUACCGGACCACCAACAACUGAUUCCUCCGCCAGCUUUGGAUGAAGAAGAUUAUGUUGUGAUUGAUUUAUGCAGCAGCAACGGCAAUGGCGGUGGAGGAAGUACUGGCCAAACAAACGACGGAGAAGAUCUCCAGCCAACCUCCGGCGAAGCCAUUGGAAUCACUCCUUCUCCUAGGAAGAAAACGGGGAAGAAAUUGAGAAAAAAAUACGGUCUUCUUUCAAGCAUGGGAGAUGAAUGCAUUGAUGUUAGUAGUAGAAGAAAGGGCGAUGAUCAAUUCUCAAUUCAACCUAUUCGAAGAUCGUUUUCCAUGGAUUCAGCAUCCGAUCGACAGCUUUAUUUAGCUGUUCAAGAAAUCAUUCAAAGGAACCAGAUGAAUAAUGUAGAAGCAAUUGAAUCCAUCAAUGAAUGCAGUAGUACGGGUACUAGUAGUAGCAGGCUUAGAAGAGGCUUCUUUUCAUUUGGCCACGCAAGAAGUGCAGUUUUACCACUUCAUUUGAAGACAUAA